CUCGGGCGAGCUCGGUGCACUCCCUCCGCGGCCGCCGAGCCGAGCGGACGCCCUCCGGGCCAGCGGCAACCUCUGCGCUCCCCUAUCAUGCCCGGGGCCCGGGCCCUGGGCGCCCAAGCAGCCAGAACACCAUGCCCGAGGGCGGCGGCGGCGGCGAGGGCGCGGAGGUGCCUGCCCUCCCGGACGGCGAGCCGCUGCGAGAGGAGCAGCGGCCCCUGAAGCAGUCGCUGGGGAGCUCCCUGUGCCGCGAGUCCCACUGGAAGUGCCUGCUCCUCACGCUGCUCAUCCACGCGUGCGGCGGCGUGGUGGCCUGGUGCCGCCUGGCCACGGUGCCGCGGCUGGUCCCGGGGCCCGAGGCGGCCCUGGCGCGCGGGCCCGGCGCGCCGCCGCCCACCUACGCCGCCAGCCCCUGCUCGGACGGCUACCUGUACAUCCCGCUGGCCUUCGUGUCGCUGCUCUACCUCCUCUACCUGGCCGAGUGCUGGCACUGCCACGCGCGCUCCCGCCGGGCGCCGCGCACGGACGCGCGCACGGUGCUGGCGCUGGUGGGCCGGCUGCGGCGCGCGCCGCCCUGCGUGUGGUGGAAGGCCACCAGCUACCACUACGUGCGGCGCACGCGCCAGGUCACGCGCUACCGCAACGGCGACGCCUACACCACCACGCAGGUCUACCACGAGCGCGCCGACAGCCGCACGGCGCGCGCCGAGUUCGACUACUCGGCGCUCGGCGUGCGCGACGUGUCCAAGGAGCUGGUGGGCCUGGGCGCGCACGCCGCCACGCGCCUGCGCUUCUCCAAGCGCUUCAGCUUCGGCAGCGCCGAGGCCGAGGCGGCCUACCUGGCGCAGCGCGCGCGCUUCUUCGGCGCCCACGAGGGCCUGGACGACUACCUGGAGGCGCGCGAGGGCAUGCACCUCAAGGACGUGGACUUCCGCGACUGCCUGCUGGUCUUCGCCGACCCGCGCCGGCCGCCCUGGUUCGCGCGCGCCUGGGUCUUCUGGGUCGUGUCGGCCGCCACGCUGUCCUGGCCGCUGCGCGUGGCGGCGGCGUGCGGCACGGCGCACGUGCACUACCAGGUGGAGAAGCUGUUCGGCGCCGGCGAGCCCGGCCGGCCCAGCGCGCCGCCGCCGCUGUCGCGCGUGGCCACCGUGGACUUCACGGAGCUCGAGUGGCACAUCUGCUCCAACCGGCAGCUGGUGCCCAGCUACUCGGAGGCCGUGGGCAUGGGCGCGGGCGCGGGCGCCUUCCUGCGCGGCUGCCAGCGCUGCCGCCGCUCCGUCAGCAGCAGCUCGCUGCCCCCCGCGCGGCCCGCCGGGCCCCGCCUGCCCUUCAGCCGCAGCCGCCUGUCGCUGGGGGCGGGCGGCCGCGCGGCGCCCGGCGUCUUCCGCAGCCUGAGCGGGGGCCCGCCCGGGCGCCGCGGGGAGGACACGGAGCCGCUGGAGAGCCCGCCGAGCUACGAGGACGCCCUGUACUUCCCGGUGCUCAUCGUCCACGGGGACGGCGGCUGCCCGGGGGACGGGCCGGGCGCGUUCUGAGGCCCCGCGGCCCCAAAGCGGCCCCGCCCCGCCCGCCGAGGCCCGCGGGCCCAGGGGCCGUCCCAAACGGACCGAAUGCGGGGCCCCCUGGAGCUGAGGCUGUGAACUGUCCCAGCACGGCUCCUGCCUGCCGCCCUGUCCCGCCCCUGCGAUGGCACAGGAUCCGCCUCGGGAGUCUGUCUGUCCGUGCAGGGGAGAAAGUUUCCAGAAAGCUGACAUGGAGGCGUCCUGGGGCAGCUGUUGCCUCCUGAGGGUCCUCCCUGCGCGGCUGAGGCCACCCUGGGAGCCCCGGAGCAGCCCAGAGCACAAACUGGUGGUUUGGGGCCAGGCCCGGCUGGGCUGACGUCCGUGAAGCUCAAGAGCUGAUUACGGUAGCACCAGGGCCUUGGCCCUACCACCCACCCAAGGUCCCCAUCCUCCCUCCCUGCCAGCCGCCCCCCUGCCCUCCGGCCUCAGGCCAGCCCCUGACCAGCCCCUGCAGCUCGGCCCCUGUCCUGGGAGCCUGGUUCUUACAGCACAGCCCUGCCCGCCCCCCCCCCAGCCCCCUGGUGGACUCACCCCCCAUCCAGCAGCCCUGUAACCCAAGCUCCUUCUCCGGCCUCGAACCACAUUCCCUGGUCCCUGGUCCCCUCCCCCCAAGUCCAGGUCUGCCUCCAUCAGCCACGCACACACCCUCCGGGCUUCGCUGCUCUUCCUGUUCCUGGUGACCACAGGGCCACAGGGCAUCCGAGGGGCCCCCGCCUGACCAGCCUCCUGGACGAUGCCCUCGCUCUGCCAUGGAGGCCUCUGCGUCCCUCAUCAGUGGGGCCUGGCCCAGGGCACACCGUCCCUCUCCCGGGAGGAAAGAGUAGUCCCUUCCCUUCCAACUGGGGCUUCCACCCCCUCUCAGGGGCGGCGGGGGAGGGAGGAGACAGUGGAGACGCAGAUAAAAUAAAAGGUGUAA